AUGCCUUCCCUACGUCACUGGCCCGUCUGCUUCUACGUCCCCAAUGUGAUUGGUUACUUGCGGAUCGUCCUCUCCGUCGUCGCCCUCACUCACUGGCGCUCCCCGUGGAAGUUUUUCGCGUACUACUUCACCGGCUUCGUCUUAGACGCCGCCGACGGGCUUGCUGCGCGUACCCUUGACCAGACCUCGGCCUUCGGUGCCCAGCUUGAUAUGCUCACGGACCGCUGCGCGACCGCCGCCUUGUUGACUAUUCUCGGUGCACUCUACCCGCCCUGGGCGUUUUUGUGUUACGCCCUCAUCUUUUUGGACGGUUACUCGCAUUGGCUCCAGAUGGUUGCCAGCGCUUGUGCCGACGCUGCGUCGCACAAGUCGGCUACGAAUAGUGAACUGCUGAAGUUCUAUUAUUGGAGACCAGCGUUGACGGUGGUGUGUUCACUUAAUGAGAUGUGCUUUUUGGCGCUGUACAUGAAAAAGGUCUCGUCGGCACCAGACUUUUUGCCUGGCCUCAGCUUGUUCGAUGCCAUUUUGUAUCUCGCCGCCCCAGUUUGUGCACUCAAACAGGUUAUUUCAUUGUUCCAAGUUGCAUCCGCACAUGAAACUAUUGCCGAUUCGCUGUGACGAAACAAGAGACCUGCGUUGGCGCUUGUAUGCUUGUUCCCAAUAUGCGUAGCACAGCUUGUACGGAAACAUCCGUCUUACCUUUUCCCUGACAUGCAAUGAAUUGCCGAGUUCAAAUGCGAAGGGUUGUGUUGCGAAAAUCAAUUUAUAUGCUAUAUAUUUUGCCGCAUUUUUGGCUUGGAUUUAGCUUGGGUGUCUUUCUGCGACAAGAGCAAACCAGCAUGACACUUUUGGUCCAUCGUCUACGGUAGAGUACAUGCGCUUCGGCUUAUAGUCAAGUGCAAUGCCCGAUUUGUCACUCAAGCUUCCAGCUACUCUUUGUUUUUUCUUGCAGGCCAUGUGCGGUCAGCAAGUCAUUUUGGAACUGCGAGACAAGUAUCAAGUGUGUGGCCUGCUCGACUCGGUAGAUCCGAGGAUGAAGUAAGUCUACUCGUGAAUCGCGUCAUAACUUGCCCCUCUCUCAUCGUGGCCUAACCAAUCUUUUAACGCACCGCCAAGCUACCUCACCCUCACCGAAGCGACCUACUGUGGUAUGCUGGAUCGCGACGACCCGGACGCUGAUUCGCAGCCACAAGUAAAGCUGCCUACAUUGUAUAUUUCAGGGAGACACAUUAUGUUUGUUCAUCUUCCAGAACAAGUUAAUGUGUCGAAAACGAUCGACACUCAGGUAAAUUAUGACGGAGCUAUCUGUUUGUUUGA